GCGUUAUGAUGGAGGCUAACGUGACUGCUAUGGCUCAACAACAGCCAUUCAAUCCAUGGGCCAUUCCUGACAGCUUCACUGUCUACCAAUUCGCACCGGAAGAGAUCCGCAGCUUCCUGCAUCCUCAUUGGCAAACGCAAAAAGCUCCUCAUCCCAUGAUCUACUAUUUAUUCGGAAUCCUUUAUUUGUUUAUUGGCGUUAUGGCCACUGCUGGAAACUACAUGGUAUUGAGGAUCUUGGGAAGCUUUCCUGCUCUGCGAACACCAGCCAAUAUGCUCGUGAUGAAUCUGGCCGUCUCUGAUUUCCUUUUGAUGAUUUCCCUCCUACCCGAGGCUUGCUACAAUUUCUUCACGGGUGGUCCAUGGAAAUUUGGCGAAUUAGGUUGCCAAAUUCACGCAUUCUGCGGUGCCCUGUGCGGUUAUAGCCAGAUUACUACGCUAGUCCUCAUUUCUUGGGAUCGAUACAAUGUGAUCGUGAAAGGAUUCAACGCCGCCCCACUGACUUUCGGCAAGGCUUCAACAAUGAUCAUUUUCAACUGGUUGUACGCCUUCGGUUGGUCGGUGUCCCCUCUCGUUGGCUGGGGCUACUACGCUAUGGAUGGAAUGCUGGGAACGUGUUCUUUUGAUGGACUGACCACCGACAUGAACAACAAGAGCCACAUUCUUGCUUCUACGAUGUUCCUCUAUGUUAUUCCCAUCAUCAUCAUCAUUGGCUGUUACUACUUCAUUGUCAAGGCAGUGUUUCACCACGAAGAUGAACUACGUCAACAAGCCAAAAAGAUGAAUGUUAGUUCCCUGAGAAGCAACAGCGAUCAACAGGCCGUCUCAGCCGAAAUCCGCAUCGCUAAAGUGGCCAUUAUCAACGUUACGCUGUGGACCAUUGCCUGGACUCCAUUUACCGUUGUCUGUAUGCUGGGAACAUGGGGAGAUACCUCUAAGAUCACACCUUACAUCUGCGAACUUCCCGUCAUCCUUGCUAAAACAUCUUGCGUCUAUAACCCACUCAUCUAUGCCUUGUCGCAUCCUAAAUAUCGCGAGUGCCUGAAAGAGCUCUACCCAUGGCUGUGCAUCGUUGUGGAAACCAAGAAGCCGAGCAAACACGGAGGAGACAAUCAAUCGACUGGCUCGACUAAAACGGAAGCCUCAUCCGCAACAACCGCGGCAUAA